CUCCACCUCUUCCUGUCCACAGAUAUACACUGAGGACAGCACACGAUGAUCAGAGCAGAGAGCAGGCGGACGGCCAGAGAGACGGUCUACCUGGACAUGGAUCACCUGGUGCUGCUGCUGCUGCUGUGGAGCUCAGGACUCCAGGCUGAAGGCAAUCACACCUCAACAGAGCCUGAUGAUGUCAGGUUGGUGGGAGGAGCCAGUCGCUGUGCAGGAACACUGGAGGUGAAACAGGGAGACUGGAGACCAGUAAGUGACUCUGGCUGGAGCCUGAAGACAGCAGCUGUUGUCUGUAGACAGCUGGACUGUGGCUCUGCUGUUUCUGUAGGAGAGAGAAAGGAGUCCUCAUACAGACCUGUGUGGAGGAUCUGGUCUGUCUGUGUUCAGUCUGGAUCUACUCUGAGGGAGUGUGUAACAUCAGAUUACUCUUCCUCCAUCUUGGAUCUCACCUGUUCAGACUCUGUCAGGCUGCUGGACGGGACUAGUCUGUGCUCAGGCAGACUGGAGGUGAAGUCUAACCAGUCUAACCAGAGGUGGUCCUCAGUGUGUGAAGCUGACUUUGACCAGCAGGAUGCAGAGGUGGUCUGUAGGGAGCUUGGCUGUGGGGCUCCUUCAGUCCUCCAGGGGGCGCUCUAUGGAGAAGUGGAGGCUCCGAUGUGGACCAAAGAGUUCCAGUGUGGAGGCCAUGAGUCUGCUCUCCUGGACUGUAGAAGCUCAGGCUCAGCUAGAAACACCUGCUCACCUGGAAAAGCUGUUGGACUCACCUGCUCAGAGCCUGUCAGGUUGGUGGGAGGAGCCAGUCGCUGUGCAGGAACACUGGAGUUGAAACAGGGAGACUGGAGACCAGUGAUGGACUCUGACUGGACCCUGAAGAAAGCAGCUGUUGUCUGUAGACAGCUGGACUGUGGCUCUGCUGUUUCUGUAGGACAGAGAGAGGAGUCAUCAGACAGACCUGUGUGGAGGAUCAGGUCUGACUGUGUUCAGUCUGGAUCUUCUCUGAAGGAGUGUGCAGAAUUAUACUCCUCUUCCACCAUACUGGAUCUCACCUGUUCAGACUCUGUCAGGCUGGUGAACGGGACUAGACUGUGCUCAGGCAGACUGGAGGUGAAGUCUAACCAGAGGUGGUCCUCAGUGUGUGAAGCUGACUUUGACCAGCAGGAUGCAGAGGUGGUCUGUAGGGAGCUUGGCUGUGGGGCUCCUUCAGUCCUCCAGAGGGCGCUCUAUGGAGAAGUGGAGGCUCCGAUGUGGACCAAAGAGUUCCAGUGUGGAGGCCAUGAGUCUGCUCUCCUGGACUGUAGAAGCUCAGGCUCAGCUAGAAACACCUGCUCACCUGGAAAAGCUGUUGGACUCACCUGCUCAGAGCCUGAUGAUGUCAGGUUGGUGGGAGGAGCCAGUCGCUGUGCAGGAAUACUGGAGGUGAAACAGGGAGACUGGAGACCAGUGAGUGACUCUGGCUGGAGCCUGAAGACAGCAGCUGUUGCCUGUAGAGAGCUGGACUGUGGCUCUGCUGUUUCUGUAAGAUGGAGAAAGGAGUCCUCAUACAGAACUGUGUGGUGGAUCAGGUCUGAAUGUGUUCAGUCUGGAUCUAUGAGGGAGUGUGUUGCAUCAACUUUCUCUUCCACCAUACUGGAUCUCACCUGCUCAGACUCUGUCAGGCUGCUGGACGGGACUAGUCUGUGCUCAGGCAGACUGGAGGUGAAGUCUAACCAGUCUAACCAGAGGUGGUCCUCAGUGUGUGAAGCUGACUUUGACCAGCAGGAUGCAGAUGUGGUCUGUAGGGAGCUUGGCUGUGGGGCUCCUUCAGUCCUCCAGGGGGCGCUCUAUGGAGAAGUGGAGGCUCCGAUGUGGACCAAAGAGUUCCAGUGUGGAGGCCAUGAGUCUGCUCUCCUGGACUGUAGAAGCUCAGGCUCAGCUAGAAACACCUGCUCACCUGGAAAAGCUGUUGGACUCACCUGCUCAGAGCCUGAUGAUGUCAGGUUGGUGGGAGGAGCCAGUCGCUGUGCAGGAACACUGGAGGUGAAACAAGGAGACUGGAGACCAGUGAGUGGCCUUUUCGAUAGAUGGACCCUGAAGACAGCAGCUGUUGUCUGUAGACAGCUGGACUGUGGCUCUGCUGUUUCUGUAGGAGAGAGAGCGGAGUCCUCAUACAGAGCUGUGUGGUGGAUCAGGUCUGACUGUGUUCAGUCUGGAUCUGCUCUGAGGGAGUGUGCAGAAUUAUAUUCCUCUUCCACCAUACUGGAUCUCACCUGCUCAGACUCUGUCAGGCUGGUGGACGGGACUAGUCUGUGCUCAGGCAGACUGGAGGUGAAGUCUAACCAGUCUAACCAGAGGUGGUCCUCGGUGUGUGAAGCUGACUUUGACCAGCAGGAUGUAGAGGUGGUCUGUAGGGAGCUUGGCUGUGGGGCUCCUUCAGUCCUCCAGGGGGCGCUCUAUGGAGAAGUGGAGGCUCCGAUGUGGACCAAAGAGUUCCAGUGUGGAGGCCAUGAGUCUGCUCUCCUGGACUGUAGAAGCUCAAGCUCAGCUAGAAACACCUGCUCACCUGGAAAAGCUGUUGGACUCACCUGCUCAGAGCCUGUCAGGUUGGUGGGAGGGGCCAGUCGCUGUGCAGGAACACUGGAGGUGAAACAUCAGGGAGACUGGAGACCAGUGAGUGGCCUUUUCGAUAGAUGGACCCUGAAGACAGCAGCUGUUGCCUGUAGACAGCUGGACUGUGGCUCUGCUGUUUCUGUAGGAGAGAGAGCGGAGUCCUCAUACAGAGCUGUGUGGUGGAUCAGGUCUGACUGUGUUCAGUCUGGAUCUGCUCUGAGGGAGUGUGCAGAAUUAUAUUUCUCUUCCACCAUACUGGAUCUCACCUGCUCAGAUCCAACAGUUCCUCUCAUCAUAUUGGUCGUCCUGCCGCUGACUCUGCUGCUGCUGCUGGUGUUGGUGACUGCUGCCCUUUAUUUCUACUAUAAGGCCAGAAGGAGGCAGGAAGACUUUGAGCUGGGUUAUCAUACCCUGUUUUUUUCUGCAGCUGAAGGAGGGCCGACUGAAGAAGAAGGAGCAGAGUAG